AUGCUCAACAGCCGAAAAUUCCUCGAAGCACAUCCGGAUCUGUACGUAACAAAAGCCGAUAAGGGAAAUAAAAUCGUUUUGAUAUCUGCGCAGGAAUACCAGCAAAAAAUGACCACGAUGGUGAAUGAUGCUGCCACUUACAAACCACUAAAGGACAAUCCGACCAACCGAACACUCAAAAAACUGAACAGCAUCAUACAAUAUUGGUGGGAGAAUAAAUAUAUCGACACGCACACUAAAAACAGGCUAAAAAUAUUCAACUGCCAACCACCCAGGAUUUAUGGUUUGCCAAAAAUUCAUAAAACUAACAGACCACUUAGACCAGUGGUAUCGACGAUCGGAUCAGCUACGUACCGGAUGGCACAAUAUCUAGCGGGAAUUCUGGAACACCUGGUUGGAAAAACGGAGUACCAUGUACGCAACAGUUUUGAUUUCGCCGAAGAAAUAUCUAAACUGCGGAUUUCAGACGGUACCGUAAUGUACUCUUUAGACGUAGUAUCGCUCUACACCAACAUCCCAACCGACGAAGUGUACCAAUGUGUGGAAGAAAAAUGGAAUGACUUGCGGAACCACUCAACCAUCCCGUGGGAGAGUUUUAAAUCAGCAAUGAAAACAGUAUUGGAAGCAUCUUUCUUUCAAUACAACAACAAAUUUUUCUCCCAAGUCCAGGGUGUACCCAUGGGAUCGCCUCUCUCUCCAGUUGUCGCUAACAUCAUAAUGGAGAAGCUCGAAAAAACUACGUUAGCCACAUUGACCCAAAAAAACAUCUCGAUUGAGUUUUACAAGCGCUACGUCGAUGAUUGUUUUUUAGUCGGAAAAGAGGACGAAAUAAACAUCGUUCUCCAAGAAUUCAAUAAACUACACGACACGAUACAAUUCACGGUAGAAAAAGAAACAGAAUCGUGCUUAAGAUUUCUGGAUCUAACCCUAUCGAGAAAAAACAACCAAAUUGGAAAAUCUUGGCAUCCCAAGCAGAAAGACGGCCGAUAUCUAGACUUCUACUCGGAGAGCCCCUUUGCGCACAAAGUAAAUACAGUCACAGCGCUUUUUGAUCGUGCUCUAAAGUUAACUGAUCCGGCAAAGAGAGAAGAGAGCAUACAAGUGGCUAAAGAUACACUACGCAAAAACAACUACCCCGAUCAGCUGAUAAACCGUACACUAGCAAACAGAGUGCAUCUACUCUACAACACGCUUCAAAACACCGACAGGGAAGAGAAAACCACAAAGUACAUAUCACUCCCAUACAUCCCAUGCUUAAGUGAAAAAGUGGCCAAAGUAUUGCGCAAGCAUGACGUCACAGUGUCGCACAGACCAUGCAAUAAAAUGAAAGACACUAUUUUCACUAAGCUGAAAGACAAGAUCCCCAAAAUGCAACAAACUAACGUGGUAUAUAGCAUACCGUGUGGUGGAUGUAGCGACAAAGUGUAUGUAGGACAAACAUCGCAAACACUUGAAAAACGUUUGCAGCAACACCAAAGCUCAAUCCGGACUAAAUCGUCGAUGACUGGACUCACACAGCACGCAGUGGAACAGGGCCAUGUCUUCAAGUUCUCUGAAACAGCUAUUUUAGAGCGAGAGAGCAACGAAGCCAAACGAUUGAACGCUGAAACACUACAUGUAAAACUGCGCGAGGGGAAAACGGUGAAUUUACAGCGGGACGCUCUGAGUUUCUCCAACGCAUAUGACGGCGCCCUGCACAAACUAAGAAAGUUUGAACAGAGCAGAAGACAACCACUUACGGCACGGGCAGCGUCGCCGUAA